AGAUCUCUCACACGUUCUGCAGCUACGGGCCCGGGGUGCGCUUUGUGCGCUUUGAGCACGGCGGGCAGGACACGCUGUUCUGGCAGGGCUGGUACGGCGCCCGCGUCACCGGCAGCAGCGUGACCCUGGAGCCAUAGCCCUGCUCAGCAGGACCUGCAUGCUGCAGCUCACCUCCCUCAGGGCAUCCAUCCCCCAGCCUCUGGAUGGUUUCUGCGUGGUGCUGCUGCUGGCUGUAGAGCAUUUGGCCUUCCUGCGUAGGAAUGUGUGUGCAAGGCGCCAGGAGCCACCACCUCAAGAGGACCGUGCAAAAAUGUGAAUGAAUUUGGGAAUGCACCUCGCCAUGUGCAUUGGUGUUCUCUGUCAGACAGGAGAUCACCUUAAAACCCUGCAGAUCUCUGUUAGUCUCUAAUGCCUAGCACCCAGCCUGAGUCAUCUCUCCUACCUGCUCCCCUGACUUGGGCACUCCUUAACUUGAAGGGAUUCCUUAAGUAUAUUUCCUGGAAGUUAGAGUGGGAAGAAAAGAAUAAAGAAAACCACAGACCCUGUGUCUCAAAACAUAUCAGGGAAACCCAGAGCCUUGUUCUCAGCUGUUUCCAUGACCUGCUGUGAGAACCUUGGCUUCUUGCAUUUAUAAAAUGAUAACAUUGUUUACCACAGAGGGGCUCUAGCUUGGCUGUCUACACUAAUAGUUUAAUUUUUAGUGCUAAUGCAAAGCAAGAGAGUUUGAAUCCUUUUCUCCUUUACACUGUUUCAUUUAUCAAGGGAAGUGUUGGAAAGAGAAACAUGUCUGAUGUCCAGCCCUGGGGCUUCAUUUGGCUCCCUCAGAGAGAUGGCAUCUGCGAGUAAUUGCUGGUGGACAGAGAAAGAGAUUACAACAAUUUAGAGUAUUGAGUUAGAAAAAAUUUGAAAUAGGGUCCAGAAACAAAUGAAAAUAAACUCAUUUAGCCCUUC